UGUUUUGGUAUAGAGAAGGGCAAGGCGCAGCAUCCUCUCCAUCCUCCAUACCACAACAACGACUGACAAAAGAGGGGGGAAGAAAUCGCGACUUUGAGGCUUGUUAUCAGGCCCAAUCACAUAAGCAGAAUGACUAAAGAGGAAACUUCUGAGGUGGAAGAGGCCCAGCCGGCCUCUGAGUUCAUCAGCCCUGUUCAUGAACCCCGCAAGAAACCGAUGGUGCAUCCAUCUGCACAGGCUCCACUGCCCAAGGACUAUGUGUUUACCUUCUUUGAUCCAAAUGAUCCGGCCUGCAUGGAGAUUCUGACAGACCCUCGGACCACAAUCCCAGAACUGUUCGCCAUCAUCCGCCAAUGGGUUCCACAAGUUCAACACAAGAUCGACAUCAUAGGCACUGAGAUUUUAAAGCGAGGUUGCCAUGUGAAUGACCGUGAUGGCCUGACGGAUAUGACUCUUCUCCACUACUGCUGCAAAGCAGGAGCUCACGGAGUGGGUGAUCCUGAGGCAGCACUCCGGCUGUCCAAUCAGCUGCUAGCUCUGGGAGCUGAUGUGAGUCUGCGCAGUCGUUGGACCAACAUGAAUGCCCUACAUUAUGCAGCUUACUUCGAUGUACCAGAACUGAUUCGUGUUUUGCUCAAAGGCUCCAAGCCUAAAGUGCUCAACUCCACCUGCAGUGACUUCUAUCAUGGCACAGCCCUGCACAUCGCCGCCUCCAACCUCUGUCUCGGUGCUGUCAAAUGUUUACUGGAGCAUGGAGCCAAUCCUACUGUUAGAAAUGAUAAGGGUCAAGAGCCUGCUGAGGUUGUCCCUGACCCUAUGGACAUGAGUCUGGAUAAAGCUGAGGCUGCCAUGGUGGCUAAAGAGCUGAAACAGUUGCUGCUGGAUGCAGUGCCUCUCAGCUGUAACCUCCCCCGGGCCACCCUGCCCAAUUAUGACAACAUUCCCGGCAACCUUAUGCUCUCCUCUCUAGGCCUCAAACUAGGGGACCGUGUGGUGCUGGAUGAAACAAAGACUGGCACCCUCCGUUUCUGUGGCACUACUGAGUUUGCUAGUGGGCAGUGGGUUGGUAUCGAGCUGGACGAGCCGGAGGGCAAGAAUGAUGGGAGUGUGGGUGGGAUGCGCUAUUUUAUCUGCCCCCCAAAACAAGGCAUCUUCGCCCCUGUGUCAAAAAUCAGCAAAGCUCUUGAGCAGGCCCCCUCUUCGGUCACCUCCACCCCAAAAACCCCUCGCAUGGAUUUGUCUCGCGUAACCGGCAGGAUCAAAAAAGAGAAAAAAGAGAAAGAUUGUGAAAAGACUCCAAGAAACAAACAUCUGUCCGGGGUCAGUUUGGAUCCUGAUGGAGUCAAGGUUGAGGUUGGGGAUCAGGUGUUGGUGGCUGGCCAAAAGCAAGGGAUCGUCCGCUUUUUUGGCAAGACAGACUUUGCUCCAGGAUAUUGGUUUGGUGUGGAUUAUAAUGCACUCUAA